CUUCGCGCGCUCAUUAUCCCCCCAACACGAUCAUGAAAGAGAAGCAGCUUUAUCGAAGGAGAUGAAUGUCACGUCACAGGAUGAGAGGAAUCAGGUUGCGCGUAAAAAGAUGCUUGAUCUGCACGAUGUACGUGUAGGAAAAGUCCCGCAGGACUCGCCGUGGUUGAGAAGCGUCCGCUUGCAAUACAUGCACGAUGGUCAGUCCAAGAAUUGGGACGUGAUAAGGAUUCACGACAGCGUGUGUAUAAUCGUCUUCAAUACAAGUCGAAGGAAGCUCGUAUUUGUUAGACAAUUUCGGCCAGCAGUGUAUUACGCGUCCCUACCGGAGAAUCAGGAGGUGAUCGACGUCGAGCGUUAUCCCGCGACACUAGGGAUAGCUUUGGAACUUUGUGCUGGUAUCGUGGAUAAGGAUAAACCUCUCGUCGAAAUUGCAAAGGAAGAGUUGAAGGAAGAAUGUGGUUACGAAGCACCCACUUCAUCGUUUAAACAAAUUAUUACCUACCUAUCUAGUGCGUCUGCUAGUGCAAAGCAAACUCUUUUCUACGUGGAAGUUACCGAUGACAUGAAGAUACACCCUGGUGGUGGUGAUGAGUCCGAAGGUGAAGUCAUAGAAGUGGUUGAAUUAAGCGUACCUGAGCUGAAGGAUUACAUAAGAACCAAAGAAGUACAGAGUCCCUCCAGCUUCCUUCAUGGUGUAUCUUGGUUCCUGCUUAAUAAAUCCGAUUGCAAAGCUGCAUACGACAGUUGAUUGUCCAGACUACGAA